UGGCUGGCUGCCCACUGUUGCCAGCCUUUUUUAAAGCCGGUCAAAGCCAGGCCACCCACCCACUUCCACUACCCACCACCAUCUUCCUUCUCCUUCCUGUUUCUUCUUCCUCUGCGAGUCCUAAUUCCACCCAGAUUGGCCAAGGUAAGUUAAAGCAGAAAAAAGGGGUGGAAAAACAGAGGAAGGGGCGCUGGGUUUUCAUUAAAAGCUAUCUCUCCGGCGAGGAAGAAAGAGAUAACUGAAAGCGACUCGGCAUACAGUGACUCUCUCGGCGGUUGGUUGGAAGGAAGGAAGUCAUUUAUCCCGCCCCGCACCACUUCCACCAUUAAUGCCCUUCUUCUUCUUCUUCUUCAUCAAUUUGUCAUCCAUACUCUGUUUUUUCACCCUUUUUCCCUUUUGUGGGAAUUGGGUGGUGGCCUUGUUUUUUAUUUUUUGGGGAUUGAGAUUGAGUUGAGACAGCCUGGGAUGGCAUUAAAUGCCGAGAAGGAUUUGUUUAUUGGGAAGGGAACAGAGGUAGAAGAAGCAGCUUAGUCGUAGAAGAAGGAACAGAGUAACAACAACGGCUAACUGUAGAAAAACAGAGUAUUGUAGAAAACAAUUGCAUCGAUUGCAGAAUCAAAGCUCGUGAUUGGAGAGAGGGAGCUAAAUAAAGCCAGCUAAAGAAGAGCGUUCCCGCCGCCGGCGAAUGCGGCCAUGAGUAGUCGACUCUGUGAUUGAACGGCCGUCCAGAUUUUGUUUAAGUGUCUCUCUCUGCUGAAAUAUUGGGAUUGGUAUCUUUUUAUCUCUGAGCUGAAUGGAAGAAUGCCGGCGGGGUUUGCUCCGGUUGGUGCUACUGAUCUGGGUUUUGAUUCGCUGCGCGGCGGCGCAGCAGAGGAGUGUGUUGCUGAGCUCGCGGGUGGAAUGGAGGGCGCUGAUCGAUCUCCGGGGGUCUUUAGGGAUCCGAAGCUCCGACUGGCCGAUAAAAUCCGACCCGUGCGCGAAUUGGAAGGGAGUCCAGUGCGGCGGCGACGGCCGGGUCACCGGAAUCAACGUUUCCGGGUUCAGGAGGACCCGGGUCGGGCGUUUGAAUCCCGGGUUCUCCGUCGACGCCAUGGCGAAUUUCACUUCAUUGGAGGUUUUCAAUGCUUCGGGAUUCGCCCUCCCGGGCUCCAUCCCGGACUGGUUCGGGUCGCAAUUCGGGUCGUCGCUCCGAGUUCUUGAUCUCCGGGCGAGCUCAGUCACCGGCCCGAUUCCGGCGACGCUCGGUGAGUUAACUCAGCUCAAUGCUCUCUACCUCUCUGAAAAUCAGCUCGCCGGCGCCCUGCCAUCUACAUUGGGGCAGCUGAGUCGAAUGUCAAUUCUUGACCUCUCUAGGAAUCUGCUUACUGGGUCGAUCCCGUGGAGUUUGGCUUCACUCAGGAACUUGUCAAGUCUCAAUCUUUCUUCCAAUUACUUAUCCGGGUCGAUUCCACCCGGAUUCGGCAACAUUUCAAUGCUCAAGUCGUUAGAUUUAUCCGAUAACAGUCUCGCCGGUUCAAUCCCUGAUGAUUUUGGUGCAUUAUCUCAAUUGGUUGACCUUAAUCUCAGCAAGAACUCACUCUCUGGUUCAUUGCCUGAUGGAUUAUCCAAGCUAAACAACUUGCAGAAGAUGGUAAUUUCGAGCAACGAGCUAGAUGGUAGACUGCCUAGUGCAUUGUUUGCGUUGCCUGAUCUGCAGAUUGUGGAUGUCUCUGGGAAUAACUUCACAGGUGAUGUGCAGAGCAUUAGUUUCAAUGGCAAUGCAGCUGGUUCAGCCGCGUUGAAUCUAUCGAACAAUUUGUUGUAUGGAGCUCUAUCUUCUCAGUUCGAUAACUCUAGUUCCGUUGAUCUAUCUGGAAACUACAUCCAAGGAAAGGUGGUCAAUGGUGGAAGAACUCCAAGAAAUGUGGUUCUUAGCUUGAACUGCUUAGAAGCAGUUUCUGAUCAAAGGAGUUUGGAGGAUUGCAGGAUGUUUUACUCUCGGAGAGGGUUAUCUUUCGACGAUUUUGGAGCUCCAUUACCAUCACAAGAAUUCAAUCCCCGAAGAUCAAGAAGUAAGCAAUGGAUAUACAUCUUAGUAGGGGUGGUUGGCGCAAUAGGGUUCAUCUUGGUCCUGGCUAUUGUGAUGGUAUUGUUUCUCAGGAAGUUUGAUAGGAACAGAUCAAGCCCUAGAGGGAGUGCUAACGUUGGACCGGUUCCUGAAGGAGAUAAUAAUAAUGACCCUCCAUCAGUGGCGAAAGAUCUCGCUUUCAUUUCUGGUAUUGGUGAGUCAUUCCCAUAUGAACAGCUCAGCAACUUGACAAGUGACUUAGCAGACAAGAAUCUGAUCAAACAUGGUCACUCUGGAGAUCUAUUCCAAAGCCUCCUCGAAGGAGGCAGUCCGAUUGUUGUGAAGAGGAUCGAUUCUCGUUCUGCCAAGAAGGAAUUGGUGGAGCUGGAAUUUUUCAGCAAGUAUUCGCAUGCUAGAUUGGUGCCUCUUUUAGGGCAUUGUUUGGAGAAUGAGAAUGAGAAGUUUCUGGUGUACAAGUAUAUGGUGAAUGGAGAUUUGGCUAGCUCAUUGCACAAGGUUAGCAAUGUUGACGAAGAAGAUCGUUUGAAGUCAUUGGAUUGGAUCACAAGGUUGAAGAUAGCUACUGGAGCUGCUGAAGGGCUUUGUUACUUGCACCAUGAGUGUAAUCCUCCUGUUGUUCAUAGGGAUGUUCAAGCAAGUAGCAUUCUUCUUGACGACAAGUUCGAAGUUCGACUUGGAAGCUUAAGUUCGGUCCACGUCCAGGAAGGCCCAGAAUCACACCACAACAAGAUCAUCACAAGGUUCUUGAGAAAACAACUAUCAUCCGAAGCUGGAGGCUCUAGAGGAGGAUUAAUGGCGACCUGUGCACACGACGUCUACUGCUUCGGUAAGGUCCUCCUUGAGCUAGUAACAGGCAAGCUCGGAAUCAGCAACAAAUCGGAUGAUGCCACGAUUCGAGAUUGGCUCGACCAAACGCUCCCUUACAUCAGCAUCUAUGACAAAGAGCUGGUGACCAAGAUCGUCGAUCCAUCAAUGAUGGUUGAUGAGGACUUGCUCGAAGAGGUUUGGGCCAUGGCCAUCAUUGCCAGGUCAUGUUUGAAUCCCAAGCCUUCCAAACGUCCUCCCAUGAAGUACAUUCUGAAAGCAUUGGAGAACCCUAUGAAAGUAGUAAGGGCAGACAGCUAUGGUUCAGGGCGGCUCAGAACGACAUCCUCGAGGAGGUCGUCGUGGAGCAGUGCUUUCUUUGGGAGCUGGCGGCAUAGCUCCUCGGAGAAUGCCGUAGCAGUUGGUGGAUCAAAGCAGCCGGUGAGAAUAGGAUCUCAUAACAGCGGUAGGAUUGGGUACAGUAAGAGACUGUCGAACGAGAUAUUCCCCGAGCCACUCGAGAUUCAAGACAUAGAGCGACAAGAGCCAGAUUACGAGCAUUGAAAGUGGAUUGCUAGAACAGUUUUGACAAAGCGUACUGAUCAAUCAAUCACCAUUGUUCCGAGAUUCUUUAGAUUUUUUAAGAGCUUGUUUAUGGUUUUUCAGAAACAGGCUGCAAAUUCUUUCCACCUCCCACCACUGUAAUUGAUCACUUUUCCCUAAUGCAUAGCUUGCAAGUAUUGAAAUCAAAAUGUGUAUUUGUUCUACAAAAUCUGUUCUUUCCCUCUUGACAAAUCCAAAGUACAUGAAAGAGACAAACAAAGAAGUACAAAGAGGGUUAUUGAUAACACCAGACCGAUUCCUUUCGAAAGUUUUCAAGAGGAGGUCUUCAUCGCCAUCUCUGGGCAAGCAGAGCUUCCAUCGGCGUAAACAGGGUGGAGAUCAUAGCCUUCUUUGGGGACAAUGUGAACCCAUUUACGGCCACUGAGCUUGUGAGUCUCGAACUUGACAUUUCCUUCCUUCAAUGCAAACAGAGUGUGAUCUCUUCCAAUUCCGACGUAAUUUCCAGGAUGAAAUCGUGUCCCUCGCUGACGAACUAUGAUGUUCCCUGGAAUCACCCUCUGCAAUCAAAAUGGAAAACCCUCAUUCUCCGUCACAAGAUUGAAUCUUUCUAUAUUUCAGUAAAGCAAGUUCACAACAACUAACCUCCCCACCGAAUUUCUUAACUCCCAAGUUCUUGGGCUUGGAGUCCCGUCCGUUCUUCGUGGAUCCAGCUGUUUUCUUUGUAGCCCAUCGACGGAACAUCACGUUCAGGCC